UUAACAAACCAUUUCUGUUGGCAGUGUGACACUGAAUACCGAUCAUGGGGAUAUCUUGGUGGAUUAUUCGAAGAACCUUGUUACAGAAGAAGUCAUGAAGAUGCUGAUAGGACUGGCGAAGUCAAGAGGUGUUGAAAAUGCUAGGGAGCAAAUGUUCACUGGAGAGAAGAUCAACUUCACUGAGAAUCGGGCCGUGCUUCAUAUUGCACUGAGGAAUUGCUCCAAUGUUCCUAUAUUAGUAGAUGGCAAAGAUGUAGUCCCAGAAGUUAACAAAGUGUUAGACAAGAUGAAGCACUUCUGUCAGAAAGUUCGUAGUGGAGAAUGGAAGGGCUACACGGGAAAGGCAAUUACUGAUGUGGUCAAUAUUGGGAUUGGUGGCUCAGAUUUGGGCCCCGUUAUGGUGACUGAAGCCCUGAAACCAUAUUCCAAGGGAGGCCCUCGUGUCUGGUUUGUAUCCAACAUUGAUGGUACUCACAUAGCCAAAACCCUAGCUGAGCUUAACCCUGAGACAACACUCUUCAUCAUUGCAUCUAAGACUUUCACCACCCAAGAAACUAUUACCAAUGCAGAAACUGCCCGAGAGUGGCUGCUUCUUUCUGCUAAUGAACCUUCUGCUGUGGCCAAGCAUUUUGUUGCAUUGUCUACCAAUGGUCCUAAAGUUAAAGACUUUGGAAUUGACACUGAGAAUAUGUUUGAAUUUUGGGAUUGGGUUGGUGGCCGCUACUCAUUGUGGUCAGCCAUUGGUCUCUCCAUUGCUCUGCAUGUUGGUUUUGACAACUUUGAGAAACUUCUUGAAGGAGCCCAUUGGAUGGAUAAGCACUUCCGCACUGCUCCACUGGAAAAGAAUGUGCCAGUUUUGCUAGCCAUGCUGGGUGUCUGGUAUAUAAACAUUUAUGGCUGUGAAACCCAUGCACUCCUGCCAUAUGACCAAUAUAUGCACCGUUUCGCUGCUUACUUCCAGCAGGGUGACAUGGAAUCUAAUGGGAAAUACAUCACCAAGAAAGGCACUCGUGUGGACUACAAUACUGGCCCUGUUGUGUGGGGUGAACCUGGAACUAAUGGCCAGCAUGCCUUUUAUCAGCUCAUUCAUCAAGGAACUCGUAUAAUCCCCUGUGACUUUCUAAUCCCCGUCCAGACUCAAAAUCCAAUCAGAAAUGGUUUACAUCAUAAGAUCCUUCUGGCCAACUUUCUUGCUCAGACUGAGGCCUUGAUGAAAGGAAAGACUGCUGAUGAGGCUCGGAAAGAAUUGAAGGCUACUGGGCUUAGUGGAGAUGCUCUGGAGAAACUUCUUCCACAUAAGGUCUUUGAAGGAAAUCGCCCAACCAAUUCCAUUGUGUUCACUAAACUUACCCCGUUCAUUCUGGGAGCCUUAAUUGCUAUGUAUGAACACAAGAUCUUUGUUCAAGGAGUGGUGUGGGAUAUUAAUAGCUAUGAUCAGUGGGGAGUUGAACUUGGAAAGCAAUUGGCUAAGAAAAUUGAACCAGAACUGGAUUCUGAUGCUCCAGUGACCUCUCAUGAUGGCUCAACCAAUGGGCUCAUUAACUUCAUCAAGACACACAAAGCUUGACCAGAAAGAAUCAGACGUCACCAGUUUAACUGCCAAGCACCCAGAUCAAUGUUGUAGUAACUGCUUUUUAGCUAACUUUAACCAAAAUAGCACUUUACACUUGGAGACCCUUAACUUGUUGCAGCUAAAUCCUGUUCUGUCAAGUGUUAAGAAUGAGAGCUAGUUUUGUGACACCCAGAGAUUGUAUAGUUGCUUUCUAUUUUGUGGUUGGUUGUCAAACUGUAAAGUGCAGCUGAUAUGUCCCCUCACUACUUCUUCCCUCAAAUUGAUCACAUACUAAAAGCAGAAAAUAAAAGACAGUGAAAUCUCCUCA